AUGGAUGAACGCAUGAUUAAUAAUGCAUUAGAUGAUUCUGACAAUUUUUCUAGUGACAGUUUUGACGAUAAUGAUAGUGAUCCGAUAUAUUGUGUUGAAAAUGAAAAUAAUAGCGAUUCUCAAGAGUCGUCAGAUGAUGAGGAUCAAAUAGAGAAUCAAAUUUUACCAAUAUCUAACAAUAGCCAAUCAAAUUGGAAUACAGUAACAGGUACUAAUCAAAAAAAUUUUAACUUUACGGGAAAUUCGGGGCCAUUAGUCAUUUUAGACGAAGAUAUUGGACCUAUGGAUUAUUUUAAAUUGUUUUUAACUGACAAUAUAAUUGAGUUAAUGGUCAUUGAAACAAAUAGAAACGCUCAACAAUUUUUAAAUACUCAAACAAUUACACGUGGUAGUAGAUUUUCAUUUUGGCAACCAAUAAACAAAAAUGAUAUGGAAAAAUUUAUGGGACUUUUGAUGUGGAUGGGACUCGUAAAAAUGACUUCAAUAGCUGACUAUUGGAGCAAAGCUGAACGUUAUAAAAAUGGUGUUGCACCAAAAAUUAUGAGUCGGAAUAAAUUUGAACUCAUUCUUAGGUUUUGGCAUUUUGAGGACAAUGAGACUGCUGACAAAACCGAUCGCCUAUACAAAGUAAGAAAAUUACUUAAUAUGGCAAAUGAUUUAGUAAAAAAUAUAAAUAAACCUGGAGAAAUAAUCGCGGUAGAUGAAUCUAUGAUACCUUUUCGAGGCAGACUUAAAUUUCGGCAGUAUAUCCCAAAUAAAACACAUAAAUAUGGCGUAAAAUUUUUCAAAGUAUGUGGGACUAAUGGAUACACGUAUAAAAUUAUUAUAUACGAAGGAAAACAAUCAAAACUCGGAGAAGCGUUGAGUGAAACAAUAGUAACUUCUUUGUGUGAAAAUUAUCUGAACGAAGGACGUACUAUUGUCACUGAUAAUUUUUAUACGUCUGUUCCACUAGCGGAAACACUUUUAAGGCAAGACACUCAUUUGGUUGGAACUCUUAGAAAAAAUAGACGUUUUUUACCAAAAACAGUGAUUGAAAAAAAAUUGAAAAAAGGGGAAUUUGUCGGUCUGGAAAAUAAUUCUGGUAUUGUAGUAUCUAAAUUUAAAGAUAAACGUGACAUUCACUUACUUUCAACGCGACAUCAAUUAAAUAUGACAAACACAGGGAAGAAAAAUAGGAAUCAAGAAGAUAUAUUAAAACCAGAUAUCAUAUUAUUCUAUAAUGCUGGAAAAGCAGGAAUAGAUAUAUCGGAUCAGUUAGCGUCGUACUGCACUCCUAUGAGAAAGAUGCUUGUAGAUAAACUCCUUGAAUUAAAACCUACAUCUUUACGUGUUUCAAACUCUGAACAACCUCUUGAAAAUAGAUUUCAAAGACGACAAAUAAUAAAACAUAAACUCGAAGAGACAGAAGAAAAAUGUUCAAGAAACAGAAAAAAAAGAAACAGGUGUAUUGAAUGCUAUACAAAAUUUUCGAAUGAACUAGGAUACAAGGAAGCUUUGAACAAGGCUAAGAAAGUAACAACCUUUUGCAGUCUUUGCCCAUCGAAACCAUCGAGUAAGAACAGUACAGCAGCCGGUGGUGGUAAUUCUUUAGCCGUCUAG